AUGACACUUGUAUGGACGAGGACACACGAAGCGAUGUUUGCAAAAGUUUUCGCAGAUGUAAAAAAGGAAGCAGCAGUAAUUUUGGGGCUGAAAACUUUAAGGGUUACGGCGAAGUGCGAUGUCUUUCGGGCUCUGUGUUAUUCAGCUUUGUCUUCCAAUGGGGCGCCCCAGUAUCCCUAUUUUCGAAAAGCAGCAAAAAUAGACUUGGAGGAACUGGUAGCAAAUAAGCUAAAAGCGAUUCUGAAUAUUCCAAAAAAGGCCCCCUCCACAGUAGUUUUCGAGGCGUCCGGGCUUCUCAGGCCGCACUUGAUGAUAUUGAUCGAAAAUGUGAUGCUAUUUUUUCGUGGAAAAUCACAAAAGGAAUGGGAAAUAGAGGGAGACACUCUUGACAGCAGACAUGAAAAAUACGGGAAGAUGAACAGCAUGACAAAUCCCGUAGCCUUUGACCCGAUCAAAGAAAAGCGGUCUACCAUCAUGCGAACAAUUUCGAGCGACCGCAUGCAUGAUAUUCAUGAAGCAGUAUGCAAAUAUCCGAUGAAGAUUACGAAACGCCCAUGGAAUGGCGUUCGUUUGUAUUGCGAGACAAUGGACGACAUCGGAAAAAAGUAUGGCUAUGACAGCCUCAGUCUUUUGAAAAACGAACAAGAAAAGACAAGAGCAAGGCUCAUGAUUGCAAAAGACCAUGAGAAAGAGACUCGGGAGACCUUAAAAAGUCAGAGUGGGCUCAUAAUUUGCACAGACGGGUCGGCGAACAAGGAGGGGCAGCUAGGAGGGGGAGGCGGUGCGACGUGGUGGUGGAGUCAAGAGGUACAGCUAAACACGCCAAUCAGAACGGUCAAUCCUAUGCGUUGUAGUACGUGUGCAAUAAAGACACCACUUAGAGAUAUGAAAGUUGAUUCUUUUGACACAGAGCGCUACGCUCUCAAUACGCAGCUGAACCGCACAGCAAAAAAAGUUGUUGAGUUUGAAGUAAGCGAAUUUAUAGAAAAAGUUGAGAUCUACCUGGACCCGAAUUCUGUGCUCGAAGGCCUGCAGAAUUUCAAUGAGAAAUCGAAUGUCGUGCUUUUCUUCAUCGUGCAACAGAUGGAGCUCCUCAGAAAUGUGCUCAUGCAAAGAAAGUGCAAAUACGGCUUGCCACCAGAAAGACCGUCCAUCAAUCCAGAAAGAGAAGUAAUCUUUCGCGCAAAAUGGACGCCGGGCCAUGCUGAUAUGUAUUUUAAUGACACUGCAGAUUAUUUAGCCGGUGCAGCGCUGCGCCGCUACCAAACAGCGGUGGAACAGGGCCUGGAUAUGAUAGUUUAUAUGAAAGAAAUAACGCCUACGAUCUUGCGUCGCCUGAUCACAAAUCGGGUGAAAUACUGGAAAGGGCCAAAGCAACAAAAAGCGACAGCCGCGCCGCAUUUAGUAGAAAGGGGCAGGCACGUCGGGCCCUUUCGCCCAAAAAACUCUGUCUUCCCCUCGCGCCUACUAGAAAUGUACUACUUCUACUUAUGGAGUGGGAUAGUGCCACACAACGUAAUGGGGGCAGGUGUAGGGGAGCACGGAAAAAAUGAACAGGGGGAGCCUACGUACACACAGAAGUGCUUUUUCUGCAAUACAAAAAACAAAACACAUGCUACACAUCUAUUGCUAUCGUGUCAGGUAUUUAAGGCAGAGCGGAAGCAUUUUUUCGAGUGCGAAGCAAUAGAGGACACGCUAGAGAACGAGAGAAAGGUACUGGACAAGCCUCGUCUUGUGUGCAAAUUUCUGCUGGAGGCCAACAAACGCAAGCAGAUCUUCAAGGAUUUUGCGAAGGAGGAGAUCGAAAAGAACGUGGAGAAGGUGGCAGAGUUGAUGACGCCGCCGGAAAAAAUCAAGCUCCACAUGCCGAAUGCCUUCGAACAGACGGGGGUUAUUUGUAGCGUGAUUCGUAAUGAGAUCUAA